AUUACAUUCUGUAUUUUUAUCAUUAUUUAUUUUUCACUAAUUAUAAGCCAGAAACCAACACGUGUGUUCCGGAGUUUGAAUGACAGUGAAUCAGAGGAGGUUCUGAACGCCAUCAACCCAAACGAGGGGUACAUGUCAGCAGCAGUGCAGAAGCUGCAGUCAGAGAGUGACAGCAGUCUGUCUGAAGAUAUUCUGUAUUCAGACGGGAAGCAUGAACAGUCCGUCUAUCAGGUGGUGUAUGACAUCAGCAGUCUGCCAUUACAUCACAGCAAGAGCACCUGCUCAGACGAUGUGGUGAAGGAGCUGGUGUCAUCUGUUUAUCCUGAACUUCAGCUGACAGAUGAGGAGCAGAAGCUGCUGGAUCACAAGGGAAUUUCACUGCCCAAUAAUAUUGUGCCAUUGACCAAGGCCGAAGAGAGAAUCCUGAAGAAAGUAAGAAGGAGAAUCCGUAACAAACUCUCAGCGCAGGACAGUCGCAGGAGGAAGAAAGAGUAUAUCGAUGGACUGGAGAGCAGAAAUGAUGAGCUGUUCGCAUUUAUACUAACUCUGCAUAACCUGCAGUCUCUGAUCAAGCAGACGGCCAUUAAAGCUGCGCAGACGAGCAUGUGCAUCAUGAUUCUCAUCUUCUCUCUGGGUUUGAUCAUCUUCCUGAGUUACAGUCCGUUCAGCUGA